AUGGGGCUGAAGGCGCGGCGCGGUGCUGCGGGCGGUAGCGGGGCCGGAGGGGCGGCGGAGGGUCGGCGGGCGGCGGGCGGCGGCGGCGGGGACCCCGAGCAGGGCUCGCUCGCCCUGGGCUCCGGAGCCGAUCGCGACGGGACGCUGCUGCUGGAAGGCGGUGGGAAGGAGGAGGGCGGCAAGCGGAGCCCUCCGGGGCUGGGGCUGUUGGCGAAGACCCCCUUGAGCCGCCCGGUGAAGCGGAACCACGCCAAGUAUCGCCGGAUCCAAACUUUGAUCUACGACGCCCUGGAGCGACCCCGCGGCUGGGCGCUGCUCUACCACGGCUUCGUGUUUCUGAUUGUCUUGGGGUGUUUGAUCUUAGCUGUCCUGACAACUUUCAAGGAGUAUGAAACUGUUUCGGGUGACUGGCUUCUCUUGCUGGAAACUUUUGCCAUUUUCAUCUUUGGAGCAGAGUUUGCCUUAAGAAUCUGGGCUGCUGGCUGUUGCUGUCGCUACAAAGGAUGGAGAGGGAGACUGAAGUUUGCCAGAAAGCCUCUGUGCAUGCUGGAUAUCUUUGUGCUGAUUGCUUCAGUGCCAGUGGUUGCUGUUGGGAACCAGGGCAAUGUUCUGGCCACAUCACUCAGAAGCCUCCGCUUUCUUCAGAUCCUGAGGAUGCUCCGAAUGGACAGACGGGGUGGCACAUGGAAACUUUUGGGAUCAGCUAUUUGUGCACACAGCAAGGAACUCAUCACUGCUUGGUACAUUGGGUUCCUGACGCUCAUCCUAUCAUCAUUUCUUGUUUACCUGGUUGAAAAAGAUGUGCCUGAAAAGGAUGCUAAUGGGGUGGAGAUGAAGGAAGAGUUCGAAACCUAUGCAGAUGCAUUGUGGUGGGGGCUGAUCACCCUUGCUACGAUUGGGUAUGGUGACAAGACUCCCAAGACAUGGGAAGGACGGCUGAUUGCAGCUACGUUCUCGCUCAUUGGAGUGUCUUUCUUUGCUCUUCCUGCAGGCAUUCUGGGUUCAGGGUUGGCACUGAAGGUCCAGGAGCAACAUCGUCAGAAACAUUUUGAGAAAAGAAGAAAGCCAGCAGCUGAACUCAUUCAGGCUGCCUGGAGAUACUACGCUACUAACCCCAACAGGAUUGAUCUUGUUGCUACCUGGAGGUUUUAUGAAUCAAUUGUAUCAUUUCCAUUUUUCAGGAAAGAGCAAUUGGAUGGUACUGCCAGCCAAAAGCUGGGUCUCUUGGAUCGGGUUCGUGGUACCAAUACUAAAGGAAAGCUAUUUACCCCUCUGAAUGUAGAUGCCAUUGAAGAAAGUCCUUCAAAAGAGCCUAAGAAUGUUGUCUUGAAUAAUAAGGAGCGUUUUCGCACUGCAUUCCGAAUGAAAGCGUAUGCUUUUUGGCAAAGCUCAGAAGAUGCAGGAACAGGGGAACCUGGGGGAGAAGAGAGAGGCGACAGUAGUGACUUCCUCAUGGAAGAUAUGAUCCCCACAUUCAAGACAGCCAUCAGAGCUGUCAGAAUACUACAGUUUCGUCUCUAUAAAAAAAAAUUCAAGGAGACUUUGAGGCCUUAUGAUGUAAAGGAUGUGAUAGAGCAAUACUCAGCAGGGCAUCUUGAUAUGCUUUCCAGAAUAAAGUAUCUUCAGGCAAGAGUAGAUAUGAUUUUUACACCUGGACCUCCAUCUACUCCCAAGCAUAAGAAAUCCCAAAAGGGAGGAGCUUUUUCUUACCCUUCACAACAGUCUCCCAGAAAUGAUCCAUAUGUAGCCAAAGCAUCUACAGUAGAUACUGAAGACCAAAGUAUGAUGGGCAAAUUUGUUAAAGUUGAACGACAGGUGAAUGACAUGGGGAAGAAAUUGGAUUUUCUUGUUGAUAUGCAUAUGCAUCAUAUGGAACAGCUGCAAAUACAAGUCGCCGAGAUAAGUCCAUUGAAAGAAACUGCUUCUCCCGCUAAGGAAAGGAGAGAAGAAAACAAGUAUUCUGAAUUAAAAACAAUAAUCUACAAAUACACUGAUCAGUGUACUCAUGAAACUCCUUACAACUUCCAGCAAGUUCCAGUCAACAAAGUCAGUCCUUAUGGUUUCUCAGCACAUGGUCACAUGACUCAUUCACAACCUUUAUCAACAGGUGGGCAAAACUCUGGCAAACUGCAAGCCACACCUUCCUCAACUUCAUAUGCAGAAAGGCCAACAGUUCUGCCUAUAUUUACAUUAAUGGACUCCCAGGUUAGCUACCAUUCCCAAGGAGACCUGCAAAGCCCUUACUCAGAUAAAGUCUCUCCAAGGCAGAGAAGGAGCUUGACCAGAGACAGUGAUACCCCAUUGUCCCUUCUUUCCGUCAACCAUGAGGAACUUGAGCGCUCCCCAAGUGGCUUCAGUAUCUCCCAAGACAGAGAUGAUUUCCCAUUUGGCCCCAAUGGGGGAUCUGCAUGGAUGAGAGAGAAACGCUACCUAGCAGAGGGGGAAACAGACACAGACACUGACCCUUUUACACCAAGUGGCUCCAUGCCUUUGUCUUCAACAGGGGAUGGGAUUUCAGAUUCAAUAUGGACCCCUUCAAAUAAGCCAGUUUAAAAGUGCGUGGGGGGGUAGUCACUGGCUGACUUCUCCGUGUAAUGUAAGCAUACUUUGUAUAUCUCACUUACUCUGCACCCAAAGCUUACUAGUUCAAAACACCAAUGGCUGCAUAAGAUGCAUGUGAUAUUAGUGGUAGUCAUUCUGCACCAUUUCAUACAAUUUACUAAUGCAGUUUUUUUCAUGCUACCAAAACUAAGGAGCUUAGUUUUGAGCAUGGUUUGCAUGACUUUACCCUAUAUAAAUGGUACAGCUGAUUUCUUCUAAGAUACAUAUCUAUCUGAUACUCUUCAGUACAACCAACAAUGGUGGAUUGGUAACAGCCAAGAUAUGGUCCUUGCUACACUUUGUAAACAGAGCAGCAAAGUCAAAUUAGUUUCAGCAGCACUAUCCUUUUGUGGAAUUAAAAAAAAUCUGAAUCCAUUUUUCAAUGUAAGUAAAUCAAUCUCUAUCCAAUCUAGCCAAAAGCAUAUAAUAUUCAAAGCAGGGAAAAAGCUGUCAAAGUAAAUGACUUUACUGAAACAGUUUUGUAAACUAAAUGUUUCUCAUGUGAUCUAUUAUAUGACUACCUAUGAAAUACAAUGCUAAAUUGAAAUUAGUGGUAGAAUUAAAAAUGAUCAAAGCCACCUACUGAGAUCAGUUUUGGAUAUUUAAUUACUGCAUAAAUUCCCCAAACGACUUUGAAAAUCACCACUAGUGAUUAUAAAAUCGCUGAAAAUAUGAUUACAAUCCUAUUUUGUAGAAAAACUUUUGCUAAGCCCAUUUGUUUCUUAUGGGACCAAGGUUUCUCUCUGUUACAAAAAAAAAAAAAAAAAAAAAAGUUCUUCAUUGUAGAGAAGCUCAGGUUUCUGCUCUCCACACUUUUACUGAGUUAUAUGAUGUCAAGUUCCAUAAUAUAAAUGUUCUUCAGUUUCCCAGUGUGUUAAUUUGAAGUUGUAGUUACAUAAAUAUAGGUUGUGAGGCUCAGUUCACUAAUAUCUGUGAAGUGCAUUGAGCUUCUCAGAUCUGCAGAGUAACGUUUUCUAUUCCCUGGGAGCUCUAUAGUGCAGGAAGAUGCCAGUGUCUGGUUUACAGUUUCUUUUUGAAAUGGACAGCUCCAAAUCCAUGUAUGGCAGUCAUAUUUAACUUCAGUGUACAAAUAAAUAAAUACCAUUAUUUUGACCUGUCCCUGAGCAACAGAGGUAUAAGUUUACUCAUUAGGCCUCAGCCAAACAUUUUCUGUGCAAAAUGGAAAUUGUGUUAAGAGAGAGUGGGAAAACAAUCCAACCCACUGGGCAUAGGGCAGAAAUGAAUCUGAGAUCUCACCACACUGGAAUGCAGUAUCUAUACAGCUCGUGAAACACAGCCUAUCCAAAUAUCCUAUGCAGAAUCUCAAUCCAAAUGUCCAUGAAAUAGCAUCCAUCUGAUGUCAAUUUCAAUUGCUAUGCACUCUUUACAGAAGGUGGAAAACUAAUCUGUACAGUCAGUGAGCACAGGGUACAAGACCCAAAGCAUGCACCAUCUUUGUGAUGAAAUUAACUGCACCUUUAACUUGAUUAUCUACAACAACCAACUUUCUACUGACUUCACAGUGAGCAGAAGGUGAUUUUCUGUGAUGUACACUUGUCACAGACACCCACAGUCAGUGGAUGAAGAUCUCACCUCCACCCCAUCAAUCCAAGGUGCAGCUUCUGCCAUAGCUCCUAUCCACCUCCUGUUAAGAAUGACCUCUGCCACACAAGACAUCUAACGGCUCCACCAUGGCUAGAGUACUGACCAAUGAAGACAUGAGGAUAUGACUAGGAAAUAUGUUAGAAAAGUGAAUUUUCUGUAGUGGCUCUACAGCUAAGCGCUGUUGGCACAUACAAUUCGAGGACAAGAAAGAGAUUCUCUACAGGUACUCCCAUGUAUGUAUGUAACUGGGUGCUGCACAGGCCUGGAUAGAGUGUGCUUCAGUGGAGGAUACCUUGUUGGGUUUUGCCCACUUGUCGGCAAUUCUACGUUUGUUGUUUCUUCAGUGUUGUUGACAUCUCAUGAUAAUCAUUCCAUCCACACGAAUCUAUUCUGUUCCAGAUAUAGGCAUUGUCUUCAUCUUCACUGUUUAAGAGACACCUAAAAAUUAGGAUCUUCUUACUCUAAUAUUUCAUCUCCUUCAUCAGCUAAAAUCAUGAUACAGCCUUACUGGCCAGAACUUCAGGGAGAAGAAAUUCUUGUAAUUACUUGAGUAAAUAGAGCAUUCCAAUUACAGCCUUUGAAGACUGAGUUGAGUCCAUGGAGCUGAUCUGAGGCCAAUAACGGGGUACAAUUUUAGUAAUUACUUAAUUGACAAAAUAGCUGUUCAUCUGAAAGAUAGUCUGUGUUUGCUGCAGUUUCAUAGCUAAACUCAACGAGAAUAAAACUAGCUGCAAAAGUAUAAUUCAUUAAAAUUUGGCACAUUGAGAAAAAUUAUUUGACUAUGAAUGAUUCUUGGAAACAUCUAUAUUGUACCUACUGCAGCCUUUUCAAUAUAAUAGUAUUUAUCAGUGGCCCUCCUGUGAUGACUAAAAAGAAUGAAAACUUAUCUUAAUAUUGCUAGACUUCUUCUGAAGUUAUGUUGCUUCACUUUCUAGUAUGUCGAGUGCUGGGCAUUCCUACUGAUUUCGGUGGAGACUGGCCCUUCUUAAAAUGCUUUCUAGAGCUGAGCAAUCAAAAAUCAAGGCAGCCCACAAACAAGGGCAAUCAGUUUUUGUUUUUUGUUGUGAAUGUCUUUGUUAUGCAGUUAUGCAUAAAUAUACUGUUACAUAGUUCUGUGCCCAGUUUCCCCUCCAGUUCUUCACUUCAGGUUUCUAAACUCUCUCACACGAGGUCAUACAGAGGUAAUCUUUCCUCAGUGUUAAGCCUGGCUGAAAAUCUAUAAAUCAACUCAUUAUAAAGGCAUGUUCAUUUCAGGAGAGAAUCCAAGCAAGGACAGAUGCUUGGAUCAGUCUUAUUUGCAUACUAAAUUGCAGCCCUAGGGAAAGCAGGAUUUGGGCUAUGCUACAUUCUGUAUGCGUAGCAGCUGAACUACCUUCAAGUUAGCAUUUACUGCUGGUUGUAAGAACCACUUUACCAUACAUAGGUUAAAAACACAGGGUCAGGUGUCUGUAGUUACAUCAUGAAAUAUUUAAUGACAUGUUAAGUUGCCAGUUAAGGCCUUUCAGAACGUGCUAGUGGCAAGCUCAGCAAAGCCCUGUGCAAGAGACAUCUCUGAAUUCUCUAGAAGAGAUACCAGGGGAGAGCCAAGGAGGGUCUGACAAGCUUAUUAUUAAUUUAUUUUGUUACCCAGUGCAUUUAUUUCCAUUUAAAUCAGUCACUAGUCACUUCAGAAGGGUUUUAUGCUCUGUCCUCCUCCAUCAUCAGAAUUAAAAAUAGGGUGAGCACUCAUUCUGCUCUCAGUUUUCGCAAUGUAAAUGUGUCCAGAUGUCAUCAGCAAGGUGAAACCUGGUGAUCAUCUCAGAUCUGGGAUAUGCACCAGAACUUCAUCAGACUGCACUGCAGUUGGAGUCCAAGGAGUGCAUCAACCAAAAAAAGCUAUUUGUGUCUGCUGUAGACACUGGGCACUAUAUAAUGUGAUGUUGGCCCUGGCAACAUAUAAAGGCCAGGGCCUGUAUUUUGUAGUAGGUUUGCCACAAAAAAGGAAGCAUUCACAAUUUCAGUUGAGAGUGGCCUCUGGGUUCAUGUUGCUUUUCAUAUUAGGAAUGAGUGUGAAUGAAUAAAUGAGAUUUAUUCCAUCUUUCAUUAGCAUGUGACAUUUCAGUUUAACAGCUAUUAGUUUUCUUAGGCUCAUAUCUUUCCAUCAUCUUUCUUUCCACAUAGUUAGCAUUAAAGACAAUUAUUUACUGGAAUCUGCUCUUUGCUGACUCUUAUUUCCUACAAGAAUCCAUUUCAGGCUUUGAAAUGUUUUUCUUAAUUAGGAAGUGUGAGAUGUUCCUCUGCUCUCCUUGAAGUCACUGAGAAACCUCCUCAAACUAAUGCAUUGGGUCAAGAUGAGGUCCUGAUCUGCCUUUAUUUAUGAAUUUCCUUGUGAAAACACUGAUUGGGAAACAGUUUUUCUAGCUAUGUUUUUACACUGAUUUUUCUGUCACUAUAAAUAAAGCUCAUCUGUAACUUUUUUGAGAAAGUAUGUAUGUUUAUACUGAGUACCUCUCUUUGCUGCAUUAUCAUCAAUCAAUCUUCCUCAAUUUAGAUUCAAACCAAGAACAUUUAAUUAUUGCAGAAAUGAAUGCCUAGUCUAAGUACGCAGUUGUAGAAAAUGUGUUUUAUGCUCCAUUUAGGAAGUUAAUCCUUUCAGAAAAAAAUCUAGUCAGGUAAUGGCUGCUGUCCUUGCUUUGGCUUUUCCCUGCACUGGAUUAAUUAUUUUGGCUCCUGACUAAAUAUGUAGGAAUUAAGCACAUGGAGAUAUUGAUAGGAUCUGUCUCUAAACUGACUUUGGAUAUAUUUGUUCUCUUCUUAUCUCUAACUUUGCUGCAUUGUUAUGGUUCAGAGUGGAAGUAGUUUUAUAUUUUUCUGUUUCAAAUUGUGGCCCAGCAAGGCUGCAAAAUAAUUCCCACUGAACCAUGCAUAGCGGGGCUGCUGACUCAUGGCCUUCAGGCAAGCACCACGAUCCAAUCAGUUUGCAGGAUCAGAGCCUAAAGUGAUCAGAAAAUGCAGGUUAGGGAGCAAAUUCAGCCCUGCUGGGGGCCCAGGCAUUUCAGGAGCUGGAUUUGUCCUGCUCAGUGCAAAAUGUGUAAGAAAGAGCCGGAUCUUAAUUCCUUGCUCCCCUCAGCCCUCUCCAUUAAGCUUUAGGUGCCAAGAGCGAACUUAAAUUUUCUGCAGCACCUCACAACUUUGGAAUGGUAUCACUUUUUGGGAAACUUGAAUGAAUGUGAGUGUUGCCUUUUGAAGACCAUUUUUCAGAGGUGCAGAGGAAAAAGGGGCCAUUUUCAAGUGUCUGCAGUCAGGAACUAUGAGAAUUAAGAGCCCGGAUAUCACUAUUGCUUCUGAUUAUUUAGGCUGUAAGAUUUGAUCCUUCCCAAUUCAGCUUUUAGCAGCUUCCGUCUGAUGUGAAGUGAAGCAAAAUACUGGAAGCAGGAUCCUAUCUCCAUCCUGAGAAUAUGCUGAGACUGGUUACAUGGCCAACUGCAUUUUGUUUUCUAGUUAUGGCAUCUUAUUAUUACUAGUAUUUGUGCCUUGCUCACUGAAAUUUUCUCCAUGCUACAAAGAUGCUUUUCAGAUUCUGGCUGACAAGGGAACACAACUUUUAUACAAGUGGCCUUUAGUGCUCUUUAUAAUAUUAUUUAUUGUAAUUUUUAAACUGUAUGUGUAAUUUAUAUUCUGGCACUGUCCAAUAUUUGAACAACUUUAAUAUGUUUAUUUCAAUAUAUUAUGCAAACAAUACUUCUUAACUGAUUUUUUAUGUUCUGUCUUUAAAAACUGCACCACUUAUUAAUAAAUAGAAAUUUCAAUUA